AUGGCGUCGAACAACCAACAUGAAGAGGCCCUGUAUUCUAAGCGGGACGCCCCGAUAAUAUUACUUCAAAGUGAGGCUAUAUAUGACCAGGCCUCUCAUAUAUACACAGGCAAACCGCGUCUCUCGCACAGCUUCUUUUGCAUUGCUAGGAGCAGAGUCAUGUCUUCCCCGGUUUUGCAGAAAGUUUUUGAGCACAUUGAGAAAAAUGAGGAACUGUAUAUCAAGCGUCUGGCUGAUGCAGUCGCCAUCAAGAGUGUGUCAGCAUGGCCAGAAACAAGAGGAGAAAUCACAAAGAUGGUCAACCAUGUUGCAGAGGAAUUAAAAAAGCUUGGUACAGAGGUUGAACUUGUUGAUGUUGGAACUGAAACCCUCCCUGAUGGUUCCACUUUACCACUUCCACCAGUUCUGCUUGGAAUCUUGGGUAGCAACCCAGCUAAGAAGACAGUCUGCAUUUAUGGUCAUCUAGAUGUACAACCUGCUCUCAAGGAAGAUGGCUGGGACACAGAACCAUUUACACUGCAAGAAAUUGAUGGCAAACUUUAUGGGCGUGGCUCAACAGAUGACAAGGGUCCUGUUCUUUGCUGGCUGCAUGUAAUAGAGGCUUAUAAGGCAAUUGGGGAAGAUCUACCUAUCAAUAUCAGAUUCUGUCUUGAGGGAAUGGAGGAGUCAGGCAGCGAGGGACUAGAUGACAUGAUUUCCAAGAAAAAAGACACCUUCUUCAAGCCGGUUGACUAUGUAUGCAUAUCUGAUAACUACUGGCUUGGAAAAGAGAAGCCAUGUAUUACUUAUGGACUCCGUGGCAUCUGCUAUUUCUUUAUCGAAGUGUCAUGUGCCGACAAGGAUCUCCACUCUGGCGUGUUUGGUGGUUCUGUGCAUGAAGCCAUGACUGAUGUUAUCGCCAUGCUGAACUCCCUUGUGGAUGUGAAAGGCAACAUUCUAGUGCCAGGAGUGAACGAUCGGGUAGCGGACCUUACCGAUGACGAGAAGGCACUUUAUGACCCGAUUGAUUUUAAUAUGGACGAGUAUCGUGAAGACAUCGGUACUUCCAAGCUCAUGCACGAAACCAAGGAAGAGCUCCUAAUGCACCGUUGGCGCUAUCCUUCUCUCUCCAUUCACGGUAUCGAAGGUGCUUUCUAUGAGCCUGGGGCUAAGACUGUUAUCCCGCGCAAGGUGAUUGGCAAGUUCUCCAUCCGAUUGGUGCCCAAUCAGAUACCAGAUGAGAUUAUAAAUCACGUGAUCACUUAUCUAAACAAGGUUCACGCUGACCGCGGGAGCCCGAACCCUGUCAAAGUUUCGUGUGGGCAUGGCGGCAAGCCGUGGAUGAGCGACUUUGACCACCCGCAUUAUCAGGCGGGACGAAACGCAAUGAAGACAGUGUUCGGUGUCGACCCUGACCUGACCCGUGAAGGCGGAAGUAUACCGGUCACCCUGUCUCUACAGGAAGCCACUGGCAAGAAUGUGAUGUUACUGCCCGUGGGCGCAUGUGACGAUGGCGCGCAUUCGCAGAACGAGAAGAUUAACCGCUCUAACUACAUCAACGGGCAUAAAGUCGUUGCAGCGUACUUUGAGGAGGUUGCCAAACUGGGAUAAAACACUCAUCAGCAAUAAACCAUCAAAGCACUACAAGAAAAUUCAAAAUACAGUAGUUUAUAUGAUAGGGAAAUAUAGAUUAAAUAAAUUGUUAUAAAGAAUUGGGAUGACUUUAUCUUUUAUAGGCUAUGCUAAUUGAAUAGGAUGAUAAAGUAAUUCGUGUUAUUUGUUUGUGAUUUUUCGUAAUUAUUACUUCCUGUUCCAUUGUGGCCCACGCUUACGUAACUAUAGUAAGAUUUUAGUCUCCUAAAUUAUAUCUGCUGUGAUUUUAAUGAAUGUCUGUUAUAUGUCAUAUACCAGAAUCCUUCUCACAAACUGUAUUUAUGAAUAAAAUAUGUCUUGAUUCGUCUCCGCUACCAAUCAAACGCUGGUAUUAGUGCCAUAGUGACAAAUUUAUUGCUGCCUUUAUAAAUGAAAAUUACACCUAUUUAGGGCGAGUUCUUUUUACAAUAAGAUAUAAAUCCACGCGGUUCGCUAAAUGUAUGUGACAUUUUAGCUAUCCGAAACAGUAAAUUUGUCAAAUGUUUUAGUAAUUCCAUGAGCGUUAUAAAAGAUUGACAGUUACAACCAGUCUCGCGCUGCAUGACGUUUCUUUUAUGUUGCCACAAGAUUUGCAUUCAGCUAAAGCAGUCCACAACGAAACGACACCAUCAACUUCAGAGCGAGCACUUCUACGCUUAAUGGACACCUAUAAACAAAAAUAUGCUGCUAAACGAUCCUUAAAGUAAGUGGGCUGAAUAAAAACAACCCGUAAACCCGUAUAAUCAAACUCUCCUCUAGGCUAUUCAACGUCUGCUUGUCUCGACAGCGUUUUUACAUAGAUAAGACUCUUCGAGAGAAGUAUUGGAGAAUUUCAAAGGAGAAGAAUUGAAAACUUGGCGUUGGAAUAUGGGCCUGUUGGCAGAUUGGCUUCGACAGUAAAACAGGUAACGCUAGCCACGUGUUUCAAGUGAGGCGCCGAACAAUAGCAUCGAAAAUGUUUCAUUUACUGUUCGUGUCGUAUUUAUAAUUAGAAACACGAGUCUAGAAAACUUAUACGAGAAAAAAAGUUAGGCGAGUGAGGCUUGUGGUUUCUCGUCUGUUUUCUCUUCUCGUCAUUUCCAUAGCAAGGUUUGUCUCCCGAAUCAGCACGAAAACAAUAUCAACGUCAACAAAGAAACAAAAUCGCCACACGAGAAUUGAAUUAUUCCCCAGGAAAGU